AUGGGAAACGGUUCUAUAAGAGCGUCAAGACCUGAGGAAACCAACCCUACGCCCAGCCUGAUGGGACCUUCAUUGGAGAUUUUAGAGAAGCUCAGAAGGAAGAUUCUUAGCCUCGAGGAAGAAUUGAAGAAGAAAGAUGAUCAACUGAAGCGAAAAUCAGAGAAAAUAAAGUUCCUGGAGAAAGAACUGAUAGGAAAACUUUCUCAAAUAGACAAGCUUCAGGACGCUAUCGGAUACAAUACAGCUCCUGUGUCCCCCACUGUCAACCAACACAAGAAAUUGGUCAGUGUCAUUAAUGAGGGGCCAAAGCGGUUUGCACAGGUGGCGACAGAGAUUCACCGACGUUUCAAGGCGAAAGAGGGAGUGUCGGCGGAACCGACCUCUUGGAAUUAUUACUGUCACAAUGUUCAGAAGUUCUCCAUUGAGCAGGUUCGAGUGCGGAAGGACUCCGGCUUAAAGAAACUGAUCACAGAUGCAAUAAUGCACAAUGACUUCCUGAAGAAGCUCGAAUCUCAGCAUGUGCGGGAGAUUGUGGAGUGUAUGUACGAGAGAAACUACCAGAAAACAGACCUCGUCAUUCAGGAGGGCGAACUGGGAAACCAUCUCUACGUUCUGGCAGAUGGGAUUUUGGAAGUUAUGCAGAAUGGCAAACUAUUGGGACAGAUGCAUCCUGGAACUGCAUUCGGAGAGCUUGCCAUCCUAUACAACUGCAAAAGGACAGCUACAGUCAAAGCUGUGACGGAGUCUUGGAUUUGGGUUCUGGAUCGCCAGGUUUUCCAAAGCAUUAUGAUGGAGACAGCACAGGCAAGAAACAAGAAAUAUUUCAACUUUCUCAGCAGUGUUUCCCUGCUGAAGGAUUUGCCUGAAGAGAAAUUGUUCAAGAUUGUAGAUUGCCUGGAAGUUGAUUAUUAUGAUAAAGGAGAUUAUAUCAUUCGUGAAGGAGAGCAAGGCAACACCUUCUUCAUUAUUGCAAAAGGCAAGGUCCGGGUGACACAGACAAGAGAUGGAGAUGAAGAUCCACAAGAAAUCAAGACAUUGGGAGCAGGAGAAUACUUUGGAGAGAAAGCAUUAAUUAGUGAGGACCUUCGUUCUGCAAACAUAAUCGCUGACGAUGAUGAUACCCAGUGCUUGGUAAUAGAUCGCGACAUCUUUAACCAGAUGGUUGGUACGUACGAGGAGUUACAGACAAACCUGAAGGAAUAUGUGGACCAAUUGUCCCGCAGCGAUAAGAAAAGAAAUGCAACGUCACAGGAGCCACUCACAUUUGCUUCCUCAGAGUGCCCUGAGGGCUUGCAGCUGAGGGAAAAAGUUGCCAGGUUUUCAAACUCCUGCCCUUUCAAAAACUUUGACAUCAUUGCCACUCUGGGCAUGGGAGGCUUUGGGCGUGUGGAGCUGGUGAAACUGAAGGAUGAAGACGUCACCUUUGCCUUGAAAUGUAUCAAAAAGAACCACAUUGUAGAGACUCGACAACAAGAGCAUGUGUACUCAGAAAAGAACAUCCUGCUUCAGACCAAAUCCCAGUUCAUUGUGAGAUUGUACCGAACUUUUCGUGACUCAAAGUAUGUGUACAUGCUCCUGGAGGCGUGUCUGGGAGGGGAGCUGUGGAGCGUCCUGCGUGACAUGUGCUUCUUUGAUGAACCAACAGCCCGAUUUUGUAUUGGGUGUGUUGUUGAAGCCUUUGAUUAUUUGCACAAUCGAGGAAUCAUUUACCGGGAUCUCAAGCCGGAGAACUUGCUGUUGGAUUUAGAUGGAUACGUGAAAAUGGCUGAUUUUGGUUUUGCAAAGCGGAUUGGCCUUGGCAAGAAGACUUGGACAUUCUGUGGAACUCCUGAGUAUGUUGCUCCAGAGAUCAUCAUGAACAAGGGACAUGACUUUGGGGCAGAUUAUUGGUCUCUGGGAAUCCUGGUCUUUGAGCUGCUGACUGGAAAUCCUCCUUUUACAGGACCCGAUCCAAUUCAAAUUUACAACAUGAUUUUGAGAGGAAUGGAGAAAGUGGAUUUUCCGAAGCGAAUUUCCAAGCGACCCGAGGACCUGAUCAGGAGACUCUGCAAAGUUAAUCCAACAGAGAGGUUAGGAAACAAGAAAAAUGGAAUAAACGAUAUUCGGAAAAACAAAUGGUUUCAAGGCUUUGACUGGGAAGGGCUCAGGAAUCGGAAGAUGAAAUCUGCUCUUCGUAGAGAGUUAAAAGGUCCAGUGGAUCACAGCAACUUUGACAGCUUCACUCCUGAGACUGAUGAGCCGAUGGACGAGUUCUCCGGCUGGGAUGAGGAUUUUUGAGGAAUGACCCCCACACCCUGGGAUGUUUCUGGGAUGAAGCCGGAAGACUUCGGGAAUCUUCGAGGAGACAGAAUAAGAUAAUGUUUGAUGAUAAGCUUUCUCUCUUUUUUAAAAAAAAUAAAACAACCCAUUUUUCCAAUCUGAUGGUUGUAUUCCGAUCGGAUGUGCCUGGAGUUUUGGAAGCCUGCCUACCUCCAGUUCCACAGCCCUU